ACUUAUUCAUAAUCCAAAUUAAUUCAAUUCUCCGCCAAGAAAUCAACAUGUGUUCCUCCAAAUCAAAAUUGCAGCAGCAGGAGCCUAAUCGCGCCCCUCUCUUAGAAAGGCGCAACAAAUAACAAAUUCCAUCGGCCUCGACAGGAUCAGACCUGCCCCGGUCACUGUGAAGAUCUUCGAAAAUCGAGGAGAGGGGUGGCAAAUUUGGGGAUCUAGGGUUUGGAAGAAACGGUGAAAUCACCGGAGAAGAAAGGAGAAGGAGCGGUCGCCUUGUUGUUCCCCGGCGAAAUCGUCGAAGAUAGAGGCGGCCUUGAUGUCCGGCGCUUGGACUGCUCAGCGAUGAUAGGAAGGAGAGGAAAGAGUAAAGGGAGACGAUAGAACUCUCUAGAGAGAGAGAAACUGAAACGAAAAAUGAAGGAAAAAGUGAAAGUGUAAAACCCUAUUUCAUCCAAAUCAAGAAAACCCCGCAUGUAUUAAGGUAAUGGAUCGAGAAUCGUUGGAGAAACGACCUGCGAUCUUCGUUGUCGGAUCCCCCAACGUCGGUAAACGGACCUUACUCUCACGACUACUUAAGGUGGAUUUUGAUGAUGCCUCCGAUGCAUUACCUGAGUUGUCUGUCCAUGGGUGGACAAUCAACACAAAGUAUUAUACGGCAGAUGUUGCAGUAUGGACAGCUGAUCUUUCUAAUGAGCUAUCCAUUGCAAGCUUUCCAGAUGUGAACCGGAUAGUUGCCUUGGUCAUGGUGUUUGACACCAGUGAGCUCCCGACAUUAGUUGCUCUUAAAGAAUGGGUUUCGCGCACUGACAUCGAGAAGUUUGAUAUACUGCUAUGCAUUGGUAACAAGGUGGAUCUUCUUCCUGGCCAUCCAUCACAUGUGGAGUACAAGAGACGCUUGAUGAAGCUUGGUGAAUCCUCUGUCAAUUCUCAUCUGGACUUCUCUGAUUAUGGUAUAUCUGAGACUGAAGGAAGUAGUUUAUUGGGAAAUGAAGAGCCAUCAUUGGGAUUUAAGAGAUCUUGCGUAGAAUGGUGUCUUGAACACAAUAUUGAAUAUGUUGAAGCUUGUGCAUCGAAUACUGAUUUUGACCAAUGUCUCUCUGUAGAUGGUGAUUCACAGGGUGUUGAUAGACUUUACGGUGCUCUCUCUGCUCAUAUGUGGCCUGGAAUGUUGUUGAAAUCUGGUGACAGGAUAAACGAGCCUUCAUUGCCUGAGCAAGAAGAGUUAUCAUCAGAAGAAGAAUCUGAUUACGAACCCGAAUAUGAAGUAUUAUCUUCUGCUUCAGCAGAACCAUGGGAUGAUGUAGGAUGGAAGUCUGCAGAUGGUCCUGUUUCUACCUCGGGAAGUGGGAGGCCUAUGGAAAAGGAUCUUGACACUUCAGGUAGAGAGAGUGAAGCGAAAUCCAUCAGAGAAGAGAACCAGACAUCAACGUCGGCCUCUCAGUUGCCCAAAGAGCUUGACCAUGAAAAGGCAGCUGUGUCCUUUGAAGCAGACCCAACGUCCGAGCUUGAUGAUGAUAAAACUUAUGAAAUCGAAGAUUUGGAAAUGCUAAUGGCUGAAAUUGGUAACGUGCGCAAUGGCUUAAGGUUGAUGCCUGAUUUCCAGAGGAGGGAGAUGGCUGCAAAGUUGGCCAUGAAAAUGGCUGCUAUGUUUGGAGACAGUAGUGGUGGUGAGGAAGAGUUGAUUGAUUAGAGUGAAAAGAAUAUACUAAUUGCACUGCGAUUUAGAUCCUAGAGUUUGAUUAUCACCGUACAAGAAAAAACUGUAUCAGCUUGCUUACGUAUUUGAAGAGGAUCGGGCAAUUGUCAACUGAAGUUCACUUGCACUAAGGUCCUGUCUGCCGGGCAAUGGAGAAGCGCAAGUGAAGUUUGGAGGUUAGUUCUUAAGGGAGACGACGCUAUUUUAUGAGUUUUUUUAAAACAUUCAGUCGAAGUAAUUACAUGAAACCAUACAUAGUCAGGGUUUGAGAUUUACUAUUAUUCUUGGAAGAGUGAAUUCAAAUACAAUGGUUAAUGUGAUUAGGUUAAAUGAUAAAGACUUGAAUAUUAUGAUGAAAUGGAUUGGCCAUGUUAGGCUAUUAUAUCA